AUGGGAAACAGUUUCCUUUUUUCUUAUUCACCUAUCAGGAGCUUAUCUAGUGCCUAUCCACAAAACAACGAUGAAAUUGCGCUUGAUAUUGACACUAAAGCUGAGUCCAAAACAAUAGAGAAUACAGAUGAAGAUACUAUGCUAGAUUUGCUUCGUGUAGAUAGCUUCUUUCGGUUUCAUGGGAAACUUAUUUCCAAUCCUAUCAGAGCCAGUUCGGACAUUUUGCGAGAGAAUGGGUCGCUCUUACAGGCAUGUAUCUCAACUAAAAUUCCACCAGAAUCGUCAACUUGCCCAGGAAUUGAGACUGUAUACAGGGAAACGGUACGAUCCCAUUCUUCUUCUUUCUUACUUGGUGGAAGGGCUUCAGAAGAGACUCAGAGUACUAGUGAGCCAAAUGCAUGCAAAUUCAAUCUGCCUGAGAGUAGUUCUUCUAAAGAUAAAGUUGAUACGACAACCGAACAGACAUUGGGCGAGAUUGACUCUAAUUCAAUAAGUUGCUUCAUUCAUUCCACUGGCAAGUCGACGGCUUUUGGUCCCUUGACGAUGUGCCCUCCGAUAACUUCAGCAGAGCUGCUAGACAGUCAAUCUGGGCGAUUAUUCUCAAUGAGCAGACCUGUAGGUCAACCUGUCAACCGGGUCGCACCUGUUAAGCUUCAGCCACCCAUUGUUCCAGCAACAGUGGCACACCGCCAGAAGCCCUCUGUGCGCUUCACUACCAGCACAUUUGAUAUACCUCCGAUUAAAAAUAAAGCAUACUUAAAGUUGCCCAAGACCUUACAUAUGUUGAAGAAUAUAUCUAUGCCAUCACCAAGAGAUAGGCACUAUGUGUAUUCACUAUUUAGUUCGCACAGAUCAGAAUCAGGCUCAUAUUCCCCGCGUAUACGACCUAAACCCAAACCAUAUAUCUUAUCAGAGAUCAAACCUACUCAAUCAUCUGAAGCCACACACAUAAGGUUGAUCACUCAGUAA